UCGCCGCGCCGCCCGCGGGCUCCGCCGGCCGAGCGCAGCGCCGCGCCCCGGCCCCGCCUGCACACUGCCCCGCCGCCGCGCUCGCCGCUGAAAUUUUAUACCUCCCUCCCAUGACGUCCCCGGGACGGGGCUCGCGCGGGGGAGGGAUCUCCAAGCCCGGCCUUCGCCCGCGGCGCCGCGCUGAUGGCUUCAGCAGGCGCGCGGCGAUCGCCGCCCUCCAGCCGCCUCCUCCUCCUCCUCCUCCUCCUCAGCCGCCGCCGCCCCCCGCGCGGACGGCGGCGCCGGGCUCCGCGCCCCGGGCUGGGCCCCUCCGACGUGGCCGAGGCGGCCUCCGCGGCGGCGGCGCGCGGGCGCCCCCUUCUGGCGGCGGGCGGGCGCGGAGCCGGGCCCUUCGCGGUGGUCCGCCGCUCCUCCCCUUUCCAGCGGCGAGAUCGCGUUAAAAGCGGCAGAAAUACCCCGAAUAGUUUCCCGAUGCGGUUUCUUUCCGAGAGAGGCAGGGAAGGAGGGGCCGGCGGGCAGGCGGCCCCUGAGGCGCUGGUGGGCGCUGGCGGGUCCCGCGGGGCCCCGCGCUGGCGGCCCGCGGAGGGGUCGGGGCAGCCGCCUCGCGAGCCCGCCGCCCGCGGCAGGGGUCCGGCGGACAGGAUGUCGGCCCCGGGCGCCCGCCCGGCUCCGGUCACGCGUUGGGAUCCACGCCCUCGGGACCCCGCGGGCUCCUCUCCCGGGGCACGGCCCGCUGCCCACCCGCCACGCCUGGCUCCCCGCCUGCCCGCAGCCUGCGGGCCUGGUGCCCGCUGCCCUCCUUCUCCACCCUGCGCUGCUCGCUGCCGGGCCCUCCGAGAGCUCGAUGUGCCCUAGAGAUGCUGAAGGGCGGCCCGACUCCCUUGUGGCCGACGUGGUGCCUGGAGAGACACUUUUCCAGAAACACGGGCCCUGGUUGGGAGUGUGGCUGGUGGGGAUCUGCUGCUGCUGGGCUCUUCUGCUUGAGCUGCGGCCGCCAGGCAUGGAAGAGGCUCUAUGGGAGCCCUUAGGGUGGCUGGGAGCAUUGCACUCGAGGGGUCACAUCAUACUGGAGGCCACGCUGACCGGUAGCGCUGAUGGCUCUGGGUUGUUGCAGCCCACUCGCCGCAGCGCGGCAUGGUGAGUUAUUGGCCAGUGCAGAGAUAGGAAUAGGAAUUGUGAGCUGAUGAGGGCAGCUCCCCCAAUGGCUGGGCCCGGGUGCAGGUGUCAGUAAGGAUCUUGGCACGCCACAGUGGAUGCGUGAACGAUAUUGGCUGCUCACCCAAAGCUGGGAGCUUUGUCAGCACGAGGGCGACCAAGAUGUCCUGUAGGAGGGGGUUGGGCAGCUGUCUCUUGUUAUGGCAGCCAUGGGUUGCUGUGCCUCCCUGCGGCAGCGCGAUGCCUGCAGUCCCAUGUCAGGCCAGGAGCCCAGCUAGCUGCCCUUCAGCACCCCAACUACGGCAGCCAUGUGUCAACCCACUGAGCGAUGUGUGGGCUCCCCACUGCAGCUACAGCGUGCUGCUGAAGGUGGGUGGGAACAGCACGUGGUGGUGCUCAGGCGUGAUGGCUUUCCCAGGCUCCUUGUGUGCAAGUGGAGGACAAGAUACAGCUCUGUUCAUAGGCUCCAUUAAGAAGCAGUCAGCAGCACAGUGCUGGGGGGCUCUGCUAGUCCUGCUCCAUGCAGCCAGGUGCCCAGGAUGGGCCGGCGGGCUCGCCAGGACGUCUUCUCUGGUGAGAGUCUCAGCAGGAAGAACUCCUCUUCUGCGUCCACGGGAGAGGAUGAAGACCCUGAGGAAAAGAUUGACCAUGAACCACCACCUAAACCCCCACGCCGGCAAGGAGGCUGGGCAGUCGAUCCUGUACUGGCACCUACCAAGUCAGGAAAAAAGCAUGCAGAAGAAGUAGAAGACCAUCGUCUCAGGCAGCAGAGCCAGGAAGUAUCAAGUGAGGGAGGAGAUAUUCCUGUGAUCCCUGACUUAGAGGAAGUCCAGGAGGAAGAUCUGGCUAUGCAAGUGGCAGCUCCCCCCAGUGUGCAGGUGAACCGAGUGUUGACCUACCAUGACUUGGACAAAGAUCUUAUGAAGUAUGCUGCCUUUCAGACUCUGGAUGGAGAGGUUGACCUGAAGCUUCUCACCAAAGUCUUGGCUCCAGAACAUGAGCUACGGGAGGAUGAUGUCUGCUGGGAUUGGGACCAUCUCUUCACAGAGGUAUCCUCAGAACUAGUAACCGAGUGGGACGUGGGACAGUCUGAGAGAGAGGACCACCUCAGUGUACCCUAGAGCACUGAUACACCAGAUAUCUCCUCAUGUACACAUUCCCUGUAAAUAGUUUAGCACUUUAAUUUUCUAUUCACUUGUUUGUAUUUGAGUAUAUAUUUCAGACGUGGAAAUAAAUAGAGCUUGCUCUGUAGGAAAACUGG